UUCUGUAUCUAACAAGCAGGUGGCGCUGUCAACACUAUGAAAUAGUACCUGUUAUGACCAACAGUUGGCGCCACCGAUACUGUUUUGGAAUUUAUUCCAAUGUGCAACUGCUUCACGACAUUCAAACCUACAAACGGCUGUUUGAGUCGCACAAAACAUGGGAAUUAAAGAUUUGUGGAGCAUCUUGCAACCGUAUUGCGAACGCAAACCACUCUAUGAGCUGCAAGGAAAACGCGUCGCAAUUGAUUUAUCAGGAUGGGUCUGCCAGGCACAAUGUAUCGCCGAUUAUCAAGUGCAACCGAAAAUGUAUCUCCGGAAUUUAUACUUUCGUACGUGUUUCCUCGUGCUACAUGACGUCCAAAUGGUGUUUGUGUUGGAAGGCAAAGCACCCACACUGAAAUAUAAAACAAUUGCAGCCAGGAAUGACUUGCAGUUCAAAGGAGCAGCACCCAAAGCACCACAAACACAGAGAGCUGCAACAACAGUUAAAAAAGGUAACACCAGAUCAAGGUUUGAUGGCAUCCUGAAACAAUGCAAAGAGAUGUUGACAUUAAUGGGCUUGGCUUGUGUUACUGGCCAGGGGGAAGCUGAAGCAAUGUGUGCACACUUAAACAAACAAAAGUUGGUUGAAGGUUGCAUAAGCCAGGACUCUGAUUGUUUUGCAUAUGGGGCUGAUAUUGUCUACAGAAACUUCUCAAUAUCCAUGCAAGGCAAUCAAACAUCAUCCGGCGGCAGUAUUGAUGUGUAUGAUUUGAACAUCAGCCGAAAAGAAAUCGAUUUCGGACGGAAUAAAGUGAUUGCACUCGCGCUUAUCUGUGGAUCUGAUUACAAUGAAGGCGUGCACGGCGUAGGGAAAGAAUCAGCGCUGAAAUUCUUCUCCACUGUCGCAGACGGAAAGGUUCUCGAUGAGAUACGCACCUGGCGCACACAUCCAGCGCAUUACGAUAAGCUAAACAUCAUCGUGAAUGAUCCCAAGAAGUGUGCGGCUUGUUCACACACAGGAAAAAAAGCAGCGCAUACACGGUUUGGUUGUCAUGCAUGCAGAACCACUCAGGGGUGUAACAUCAACGAAGAACACGCGAAUAUUCGUCUAGGUUUACAACUACGCAACAAAGCCCUGGUAAAUGAUGCAUUUCCUGAUGAAGAAUUAAUCGGGGAGUUCCUACACGAAAAGGAAACGAUGAAUCAAUUGGAUUUACAGUGGAGAAUGCCGAAUCUCGAAGGAUUUAUUGAUUUUACUCGUAAACAUCUCCAAUGGCUUGAAAUCUACGCGUUUGAGAAACUAUUCCCUAUUUUAACACGUUGGCUGGUGCAUUAUCAUCAUUCCCUCCCUAAUCAGCAGAUUAUUACAACUCCCAGGUACAUAAAAAAGAAACGCGCACCCAAAGGUAUUGCAUGUUAUGAAAUCGUAUGGAAUCACGAGCAGCUCCUGCCGUUAAUCCCGCCGGAACAGAUCGAAUGCGAGCAUGACAAGUUGUUUUCAUCAAUUGAACCACAACAUCUUGUGAUAAAAACAUUCCCAGAGCUGGUUAAAGUAUUUGAAGAGUCAAAACUUAAACCAGUCAAGCAAAAGAAGCCAAAAAUGGCUGGGAAAGUAAAGAAAAUCAGUGAUUUUGUUAAAGUUGUUAGUAAAGAUGUAACUAAAGAGUCCGAAUCACUUUUUGAUGAUGUAGAUGACGAAUACGAUGCGGAUUUGUCGCUGAUCGUCGAUGAGAUAUGCAACAAAGGAGUGCCGCUUGUUAUCAAAAAGAAAAUCAACGAAUUAGUGCAGGAGAAUGUCAAUGAAGUGAGUUUCUUUGAUUUGAAUAUGAAUGAGGAUGGAUUGGAUGCGUUUGAGCGGUCGGUGUUUGAAAUAAAUUCAUCCGAUGAUGAUGAUGAUGAUGAAUAUUGAAGGUAAAUGUAAGUAAAAUAAGUUAUUCUUUA